GUAAAUUCAUCAACUUAAUUAUAUAUAUAUAUAUCUUUCACUGUUGCAGGUUUUGUCCUUAUAUAUAUAUAUAUAUAAACACACACAGAUAACAAUGGAGAAAGAAGAUAACUACUCGGUACUGCUUACUUGCUUGUCUUUGUUGAUAAAUCAUCACCAUGUUGUUUUUCUCUGAGACCGAAUUCUUGCAGGCGCCUUUACCGCCGAGUUUUUCCGGCCUGGAUUACCCGCCUGAUCAUCAUCAACAAUUCAUGAAGCCACGGAUUGGUGAAACUUCGGGAGAUGAUCAUCAUAACAACAAUGGGAAUAUGGUCGAUUACUUGCUGAGUAAUCCUCCUCAUCAUCAUCAACAUCAACAUCAACAACAACAGCAAAUAGGAUCCGGGUUUUGCGGGUCGAGUUCUUUCGAUAAACUGAGCUUUGCUGAUGUCAUGCAGUUUGCCGACUUCGGACCCAAAUUGGCGCUAAACCAAUCCAAGAUGUCGGAAGAAGAAUCUGGGAUCGACCCGGUUUACUUUCUUAAGUUCCCGGUGUUGAAUGACAAGCUGGAGGAUCAGACGUCUCUGAUGGUUGCGGAUAAUGAUCAAGAUGAAGCAAGAGCAGUGGUGGUAGGGGAAGAAGGCGGGUUCAUGAGAGACGAUGAUGAGGAUCCGGAAGCCCGGGUUUCUGAUAAUACGUCGGUGCAACUCAGGUUUCUGGGUGAAGAUCUCCACAAGAAGAACCCUACAGCCGCACCCGACGCCAAAAACAAGAGAAAAAGACCGAGAAGCAUCAAGACGACUGAGGAAGUUGAGAGCCAGCGGAUGACUCACAUCGCUGUUGAAAGGAACAGAAGGAAGCAAAUGAAUGAACAUCUUCGCGUCUUGAGGUCCCUCAUGCCUGGUUCAUACGUUCAAAGGGGGGAUCAAGCCUCGAUUAUUGGGGGAGCCAUUGAGUUUGUGAGGGAAUUGGAGCAACUUCUGCAAUGCUUAGAAUCACAGAAGCGGAGGAGAAUCUUUGGAGAAGGUCCAAGACAGGUGGGAGGAGGUGAUUCCUCUCUUGCAAUCCAACAGCCUCAGCCUCAGCCUCAUGAGCCAGCAUGCUUUCCUCCAAUACCUGCUCUUCCAAAUGAUCAGUUCAAGCUUGUGGACUUUGAGAUCGGACUCCGAGAGGAGACAGCUGAGAACAAGUCCUGCUUGGCUGACGUGGAGGUGAAGCUUUUAGGGUUUGAUGCCAUUAUCAAAAUUCUCUCUAGGAGAAGACCAGGCCAGCUCAUCAAAGCCAUCGCAGCGCUUGAAGAUUUGCAGCUUAAUAUCCUUCACACCAACAUCACCACCAUCGAACAAACUGUUCUCUAUUCCUUUAACGUCAAGGUUGGUAGUGAAUCGAGGUUCACAGCAGAAGAUAUCGCGAGCUCGGUUCAACAGAUAUUCAGUUUUAUUCAUCAAACAGCGGCAUGUGACGUAAUCUAGUUAAAGAAAGAUGAAUGCAUAUAUGGAUUGAUUUGAUCACUGCCCUUUUUCUUUUGGAUUCUCGAUCUAUUUUUACUCUCAAAACAAAAUUGUACUCCUAAUUAGUCUUAGUGAACCUUAAUUACUCUCUCUCUCUUUCUCUCUCUCUCUCUAUGUAUUGUUUUUGUUUUGAGUUAAAUCAUUUUCAUUGGA